AUUCCAUGUGUGUUCAUUCACAGGUUUGUCUCUGGUGAGAAUUUACAAUUUAACUAGUCGUGAAAAUAAAGAGACCCAUUAAGGGAGAAAGUGUGUGUUUUAUAAAACAUACUACAGAUAUGGUCCUUUAAAAUGGAUGAAGUAAGAGACUUGUUUUCAGAGGACGAAAACAAGUCAGAAAUCAUAACAAAGAUCGUUGAUAUGUCACGUUUGGAACGAUAUUGCAUAACUUUGCAGUAUUCAGUUGAACGAGCUUAGAAAAGACAGCUAACCUUGUUUGAUCGAUAAAUACAGAAGAAGUGUAGUAGCACAAUAAUAAACCUCUUACAAACAAACCGAAUAAAUCAAUGACAUUUUGACAUUUAGAUAGAUUUAAUUAACGUUAAAUCUAUUGGAUCCACCUCUUCAGUUGCUGUGCUCACUCCCAAUGCAUGGGGGACGGAAUAUUUCAGGCGGACAGAAUUUUCCGGAAACGGAAAUGAGUCUCCUUUGUUUUGAAAGAGGGAAAUUUAAAAGUUAGGAGUGAAGCGUUAGCAACAAACAGAUGAGCAAAAUAAAUGUACAAAAGAAGAGUGAAAUGUGAAUUCAAACUACAAGUAUUCAUCUGAAUGUAAGGUUUGAUACCAUCAUGAGGAAGAAGUCAAGAAGGUUUAAGAAUGUCAACACAUCCAGCUUCCAGGAAGACUGUUGUGUUUUGUGCAGGUGCAGUGAUGAUGACCCGGCCAUGUUUGGGGAAAAGGUCACAGUUAAAGAGCAUAAAUUCUCAGUCCAUUACUUCUGUUUGCUGACAUCUUGUGGAGUUUACCAGCGAGGAGAAGAAAAUGAGGGUGUCUUUGGUUUCCUGCUGGAUGACAUCAAUCAAGAGAUUCGAAGGGCGGCUCGAUUGACAUGUUUUGGUUGUAAGAAGAAGGGAGCAUGCAUUGGCUGCAAUGUCAGGAGCUGCAGGAAGGUGGUCCAUUUCCCCUGUGGGAGGAAACAAAAGUUCAUCACACAGUUCAGCGAAAUGUUUCCGUCUUACUGUCAAGAUCACAGUCCUACUCAGACUCUCUGCGUUGACUCAGACUUCAGUCUGCCUCAGUCCUGCUCCAUCUGUCUAGACUCUAUUGAUCCUGUCUUGUCCUACUCUGUCCUCAAGUGUCCGUCCUGCCAUGCCAGCUGGUUCCACAGAGACUGUGUGCAGCGCCAGGCCCACAGUGCAGGACUCUUCUUCUUCAGAUGUACUCUCUGUAACAACAAGGAAAACUUCCAGAAGGAGAUGCUCAGAAUGGGAGUAUACAUCCCAGAAAGAGAUGCAUCAUGGGAAUUGGAGCCAAAUGCAUAUUCUGAGCUUCUGGAGGUUUAUAAUCGCUGCGACUCUGCCAUCUGCCUCUGCAACAAUGGACGCACACACUCUGUUAAGAAAGGGUGGUUUGAGGUGAUCCGGUGCUGCCUGUGUGGGUCCAGGGGAACUCACAGGAAAUGUUCCAGUCUAAAGUUGGACACCACAGACUGGGCCUGCACUGACUGCAUAAAUGCAACAGAUGGGAAAGCAUCUCUGGUUGCAUCACCUCAGGGCAGCCACAAGAGAAGUUUGUUGUCCAAACGCCAUCUGUCCCCCAUGCCCUCCCCCCUUGACUAUAAGAGACCGUGUACACGCGUAAGAUCUGAGACUCCUGAGAAGCUUCUACAGUCUUUACUUCCUCACUGUUAUGUUGCGAGCACCCAGGUAGAGGUGCAUGGAGACCAGGCUCUAUUAGCUGGUCUAGACCUCGUCAGAAGGGCCAACUUUAACCCAAUGCAUUCGCUGUCUGUCAGGUUCAAAGAUGAGCAGCACACUACCAUUGCUAGCACUCUCUGCGAUGGAGAUACAACCAAAACAUACUUCCUGAAGCUGCUGAUGCAGCAGAUCCAGAACUCUGUGGUGUUUGAGGGUCCUAAUGGAUCCAAAAAUCUGGCACUGGACUCCCAGGCUCUGCGUGAGGAUCUGUACUUUGACAUCGGCUCCCUGUUGGCUCUCUGUCUGGUCUAUGGUGGCCCACCAAUUGGCUUUUUCUCCCACGCGCUCUAUCAGUGUCUCUUUAACUACCCAGCCAACUGCCCCCUCACAAUAAACCACAUGACCCCUGAGACACACUUCACCCGGGAAGUCCAUCGGAUUGCAGCAGCUGAGUCUUUAGAUGAGGUAAAAGAAGUCAUGAAAGGGAGCUGGGAGUACCUGGAGCUGGCUGGCUGCAACAGACCAGUCACCAGCCUGGAGGAGAGAGAUGCUCUGGUGGAAGAUCUGGUCAGCUUCACCAUGAUCACUAGGAUGCAGCUGCCUCUGCAGAGGUUGAGGGAAGGUCUGCACACGUUGGGUGUAUUUGAUCAGGUUCAGCUCUUCCGAUCUGUUUUCGUUGGUGUUUUCUGUGAGGCUACACAGCCGCUCAAAGCUGAAAUGCUCGGCCAGCUCUUCACCAUCAACCUCUCUGAGCAGGAGGAGAAACUGAACAAAGAGACGCCUGUUGUCACCUUCUGGAGACACCUCCUGCUAGAGUGUGAGGUUGGAAGGAGCUCCAUCUCCCUGCAGGACAUCCUUCACUUUGCCACUGGAGCUGACAAGCUUCCAGCUGCUGGACUCUCCCCGCCUCCCUCCAUUUCCUUCCUUCACCAUCCCGCCUCUUCCCAAGUCAGGUUAGAGGAGCAGAAUGAGAAAAAAGUGGAGUGGUGGGUUGAAGCGCUUUUCCCUCAGAGCAAACCAGUGUCAAACAACCUCAUCUUGCCUGUUACUUCCACCUACAAGGCUUUUAAAAGCUCCAUGGAACAGGCCAUCAGCCAUCAUGUGCACCUGCUUCCAUUAGACGCUUAGAUGGAGGCAAGGUGAAGGGUUACGAGUCGUUAACUUUUUUAUGUUAACCAUUGUUAUGGAUUUGAUUUUUUUAAUUUGUUAAAUAUUUUGUAUUGUUCUCUAAAAUCAGACAAUAGAUUUGUUUCCCUUAGUGUGCCAGAGACACUGUAUAUAAUCUUUAGAAGGUGAAAAAAGUAUAAACAUAGGUUCUGAACCUAAGAGAUUAUUUCCAUACUUUAUCAGAAUUUUCUCAUAAACUUAAUUUGACGAGAUUUUAAAUCUGAGCAGGAUAUCUCCAUGUUUUACUUCCAUCGUCUGAGAUCGAAAGAUUUCUGCCACAAUUUCACCAACUUUCAAAGUGCAUGAAGAGGGUCAACGAACUAGUAAGGUGAAAACUUCAGCAACACUUGAAGUACUUGGAACAAACUUUAUUAGCAGACACAUUGGUCUGCUAAUAAAGUUUUUCCAAGUACCUCAAGUGUUGUUGAAGUUUUCUCCUCACCUCCAUCUUCUGUCAGUUUACUUUGUUUCGGUUCAGUUAAGGCUGCACAUUAUCAAGAAUACAUGACAUUGCAAUGUUAUUGUUGUGAUGAAUGUGAUUAAUCCACUCACUAAGAUCUAUAUCAGAGGGAGGCAAAAAGAAAUUUAAAGUGUGGCAUUAGAGUAAUAAUAGCCUACCAAAUAAAGUAUCCAAGCAGCCCUUUGUGAAUGCUAAAUUGCACACUGAUAUUGCUAUAACGAUGCCAUUUCAACAUAUUGUGCAGCUCUAGGUUUGAGACAAAACCUGGAAUUAUGUCUCUUGUACAUCUCUGACAUUCCCAUAGACCCACUAGUUUCAGGGUAAACUAGUGUGUACUGAAGUAAUAGUACGAGUUUAAUCCAAGUCUUGUUAAUUGGCCUCCAACUAGAAAACUGUUUCCUGUCUACUGACAACAUUCAUCUACAAAAGAGCUUUGGUUUUGUUUUAGGUUUUUGUCUAAACUAGACCUGAAUUUGGCAUCUGUCAGGAAACUGUUUUUAAAUGCAUGUCUUUAGAAAAACUUUAUGUUGCUGUAUAUAAGUAAAACAGAUACUGUAGGUAAACUUCAUAAACAGAAGGAUUGUGGAAUUGUUUUUAUAGAACAAUGUUCCCCCAAACGUAAACAGGUUUUGGUCAAAAAUAAGAGGGCUUAUACUUUUGGAUAUGUUGUCAUGGCAUGAUUGACUUAAUCGCUAUCUUCUAAUACUGGCUUUUUUGUUUCAUGUUGCUUUUCUUUUUUCAGUUGUACUACAUGAGCAACAACACUGACCAAAACUGAGAACUAGGUUUUAUCACAAAUUCAACUGUAAAACAUCUGCUCCUCCUUUUGGAUUUUUGCUCUUCCAUCUCUGAAUUUUUUUUUUUUUUUACAGAUUUAUCAGCUGUUGUUUCAGUUUUUAUCAUGCCUUUUUAUGUGUAUCUUUUGUGAUUUGUACAGUGCUGACUUCAUACCUUCCCUUUGAAAUUAGCUGUUAGUUCCGUCAUGUUUAUGUUGUUUGUUCUCAUAAAGUUGGAUUUUGCACUG